AUGUUUUUUGGGGGAAGUGUGAGGAGUUAUUUAUUGGCAAGUGGUCUUUAUAACCAGAUAUCAACCUUGGAUGCACGUGUUGACAUCCGACAGACCUCCCUCAAUCGGUACAUCAUCCCCUUCUAUUCGCCUUCGAACUCCUCGUUGGUCAUACAAGCGCCUGGAGGUCGGGUGAAGUGCGUGCCAGGUCAAGAAACGAGACUCAAUCUCCCUGUGUUGUUCUCUGCCAACAAUCAGUCAAGGGCUGGUAUCCACGCUCAGAUCGUGUCUCGCGAAAAGAUCCAGAAUUCCUGGACCGAAGAGGUGGAACUGCGAGCGAGCGAGCUGCCCAUCGACCCGGACCACCUCAUCGACGGAUUCCCGCCCACUUACCCGUCGCCGCCCAUUGUCACGGGCGUAUUCAGCCUGCAAGUCGUUCUCCCACCCACGGCGUCGCCCAAAGUCAAGCUCCUGAUUUGGUACACGCGGGACGACGGCGAGGUGGUGGCCGACUCGGUCCAGCUGGAUGUGGAGAGGUGCCUCGGAUUUAGUGCCAACCUCGCGUGGUCAGAGGCACAGGGCCAGCCGGGGGAAGAGAUCGAAUUGUCGCUCGAGUCUGAAGCUCAUGCUGUCUGUUCCUUGGGAGUGGUGGACCGGAGCAGCGAACUGGCAGCGCAAGACCUCCACUACCGACCGUCCGCGGAAACCCUUCUGCUGGCGAGCCUCCAACCCCGACGCGGCUGUAGCUGGUCUCCCCCGCAGGUCGACGACGAGAAGUACUGCGCCAGGAAGGUCUUCGAAGGCAGUCUCGGCGAGGAUCCUUCGCAUUCCUUCGGAGAGCAUAGCUACUCGAGUGAUUACGUAGAUAGUCUCAAGAUGUUUGACAAUUCUGGUCUUUUGGUGAUUAGUGACAUGACUCUGGAAACUCGACCAUGCAAAAGAACGGACAGGCAAGUGGAAGGCUAUAGAUUCUUGGGCGGGUUUCCCGCCCAACGUGUGGGGGCGCCUGCGGGGGCCGUGGAUGAAGGGGCAGAGACGGUGCAGCGGAGGGGGACCCUGGUGAGGGCGAGGCUCCCCGAGACUUGGCUGUGGGACUUGGUGGCCGUGCCGUCCGGUGGAGCUGUGGACCAGAAACUCACUCUGCCCGACACGAUCACGGAGUGGGUGGGGCAGGCCGUGUGCGCCCACGCGGACAAGGGCGUGGGGCUGUCCGAGCGGGCGUCCAUCACCGCCUUCACGCCCUUCUUCGCCGACCUGACCCUCCCGCCCUCCGUCAAGCGAGGCGAGGUCCUCCCGCUCAAGAUCUCGGUUUUUAAUUAUCUUCAUGAGAAUUUGCCGGUAAGCUUGAUCUUAGAGGACAGCCCCGUCAUUGACAUCCUCUUAGAGGCCGAUGAGACAGGAGAAAAGGAGGACGAGAAAGACGACCUCACCCUCAGAGGACCCAAGAACCAAAGGACGACCUGCCUGAAGCCGCAGGAGAAGGCGGUGCACACGAUCAAGGUCCGGAUACUGUCACUCGGGGAUGUCAGCCUCACAGUGGUGGCCUACGUGGACUACAGCAUCCCCUUGCCCUGCGAGGCUGGAUCGGAGAGGAUCAAGAGGAGAGAUACUUUGAUCAAGCGUAUCAAGGUGGAGGCGGAAGGUUACCUGAGAGAGAAGACUUGGACCAAAUACAUCUGCGCGAACGAGUCGACCAAGGGAAAGGACGUCCACAAAACAGGGAAGAUAUCGGUUCCCAAUAACGUCGUGAAGGGCUCUGACCGCGCUUGGGUCACGGCAGAGGGUGACCUGCUCGCCCUCUCGAUCGAGAACCUGGGUUCGCUGAUCCGCAUGCCCUACGGAUGCGGAGAACAGAACAUGGCCAGUUUUGCUCCCAAUGUGUUCAUGAUGCAGUACUUGAAGGCGACGGGUCAAGACUCGCCAGAGAAAACGGAGAGGAUACUCGAGUUUAUGAAAAUUGGCUACCAGCGGCAGUUGCUAUACCGACGUAGCAAUGGUUCCUACAGCGCCUUCGGGAAUGCAGAUGACUCAGGCUCCACUUGGCUCACGGCCUUCGUCCUUAGGUCCUUCGCGCAGGCUAAGGAAUUCAUAUCAGUCGACAUCGCGGCUCUGAAACAAACAAGAGAGUGGCUUCUCAGUUCCGAGACAGAACACGGCUGCAUCGUACCGCAAGGGAAGGUGUUCUCCGCGCAGGGAGGUGCAUCGGACAAAAAUUCAUCGGUCCCCCUGACAGCUUACGUUCUGGCAGCCCUAAUAGAAGCAGGAGCUCCAUUGAAAGCGCCUUUUGUCAAGCACGCCACCCGUUGCAUCCUCUCCGACAAGUCGAAGGACCCUUACACCCUGGCCCUGAAGACUUACGCCCUCACCCUGGCUAGAAAUCCCAGAGGAAAAAAGUUACUGCGUCGGUUGAUCGAUCUCGCUGUUGUGAAGAAAAAUGCUCUAUACUGGAACAGGCAAGCCAAAACUGCCUCGGGCGAGUCCCUGGGCAUCGAGACAGCCGGGUACGCGUUGCUGGCUAUGCUGACCCAGGGCACGCAGCUGCACUCGUUGCGGGAGCGGAAGGUGGUCCAGUGGCUCUCCCGCCGGAGGAACGGCUGGGGCGGCUUCUACUCCACGCAGGACACAGUUGUCGCUCUCCAAGCCAUGGCGCGAUACGAGACCCACAGAGAGCAAAAGACGCUGGACGUUGACGUCACCAUCUCCACCAAGCAUUUCUCUGUCUCCCUCAACGUCACCGAGGACAACAGGCUCCUGCAGCAGCGACAUACAAUUUCCCGCCUUCCCACUAAAAUCAGAGUCAGCGUGGAAGGCCGAGGGUGUGCGGUCGUGCAGGCUGUCCUCCGCUACAACGUGCUCGAGGCCGAGCCGAGCGACGCCUUCAGCCUGCGCGUGCAGGCCAUCAACGACCCGCGCGGCGGCUGCGUCGAGAAGCGCCUCGAGGCCUGCUCCGCCUACCUCCUCCCCGACGGCAAGUCCAACAUGGCCGUCAUCGAGGUCAACCUCGUGUCCGGCUUCAUCCCCGAGAAGGACGACCUGAAGGCGGCCGUGCGUCGGAACCCCGAGGUCGUCAAGCGCUACGAGGUGGACGGCAGCAAAGUCACCUUCUACAUCGAGGAGUUCACGGCCCAGGAGGUGUGCGUGAGCUUCCGCGUGACCCGCGAGGUGGAAAUCGGGGAUGCCAAGCCGGGCACGGUGGUCGUCUACGACUACUACCAGCCCGAGUUCUCCGUCAGUCAGAAUUUCGAGUUUGCGCCCAUGGAAGGAUGUUGAUGGGGAUCAUGGCUUGGAAUCAUUUAGGAGACCAUAGUUUUUAUUUACACGGCUAAAACUGCAAUUAUUUAAGUUUUUCUGUCUUUAAUGUAUACAAAUAAUGCGUUGGCUUCA